AUGCAGACUGUUGAUCGUUCUCAGUUUCCAAAACUGAAAAAUGACUUGAUUAUUAGAGCAGCACUUGGUCAAAAAGUUGAAAGACCACCAUGCUGGAUUAUGCGGCAGGCGGGCCGUUAUUUGCCCGAAUACCAUAAGGUUAAAGAUGGUAGAGACUUUUUCGAAACUUGUAGGGACCCUGAGAUUGCUAGUGAGAUUACUAUUCAGCCCGUGAGACGUUAUGAUGGGCUUCUCGACGCAGCUAUCAUUUUCAGUGAUAUUCUGGUAAUUCCACAAGCUUUGGGUAUGAAAGUCGAAAUGGUGGAGGGCAAGGGUCCUCAUUUCCCAGAACCGCUAAGGACCGAAGAGGACAUGCACAAAGUCUUGGAUUACCAUACCGAUGUGCUCAAGGAAUUGGCUUGGGCUUUCAAAGCCAUCACAGUGACCAGAAACAAAUUGGACGGCCAGGUGCCACUUCUGGGCUUUUGUGGUGGACCAUGGACACUUAUGGUGUAUAUGACUGAAGGCGGAGGAUCGCGGUUGUUUAGGUUUGCCAAACAAUGGAUCAACGAGGCUCCAGAGUUGAGUCACAAAUUAUUGCAGAAAAUCACGGACGUUGCGAUAGAAUUUUUGGCCCAACAAGUGGUCGCUGGUGCCCAAAUGCUCCAAGUCUUUGAGAGUUGGGGCGGAGAGUUGGGAUCGCGUGAUUUUGACGAGUUUUCUCUGCCCUACAUCUCGCAGAUCAGCUCAAAGCUUCCUCUUCGUCUGAAGGAGCUUGGAAUCGAGGAACAAAUCCCGAUUACCAUCUUUGCCAAGGGCUCUUGGUAUGCCCUUGACAAGCUUUGCGGUCUGGGAUACAACGCUGUGUCUUUGGAUUGGUCGUGGGACCCUAAGGAUGCGGUGAAAAUAAAUGCAAACCGCGUUACUUUGCAGGGAAACUUGGACCCUGGUGUGAUCUACGGUACUGACGAAAUUAUCACCAAGAGGGUUGAAGAGAUGAUCACUGGCUUCGGCGGCGGGAAAUCGAACUAUAUCGUAAAUUUCGGUCAUGGUACACAUCCAUUCAUGGGCCCAGCAAAGAUCAAGUUUUUCCUACAGGAAUGCCAUAGAGUAGGAAGUCUGUAA